UAAAUUUUUUCUUGUAAACAUUUCCGCAGACAUGUGUUUCAUUUCAAUUCAAAGUGAAAAUAUAAUAUUUUUUGCCGUUUUCGGCGAGUAAUUUUCGUUAUAAUUAGUUUUAAAACUGAGUGAUAAAAAUGAAUGAAGAAGACCUUAUCGACGAUCGAUUUCGUACCUUGCUUGCGGAUCCAAAAUAUAAAGACCCUCGUAGAAAUGAUCGAAAAAUUAAAAUCGACAAAAGAUUUCAGUCCAUGUUCAAAAGUGAUUCAUUUAAAGUCAAGUAUUCAGUUGAUAAAAGAGGACGUCCAGAGAGUAAAUCUACAUCCGAAGAUCUCAAGAAGUUCUAUGAUAUUUCUUCCGAUGAAGAUAGAAAAGCUCCUACUUCCGAAGAGUCAUCUGACGAAUUGUCUUCUGAAAGUGAAGAAGCAUCAGAAAUCGAUCAAAAAGCUAAUGAUUUCCCAAAAUUGUUUAAAGAUGAAAAAAAGAAAGCGAUUACUUCUGAUAUUAGAGAUAAAUUGAAAGAUAUGAAAGUUGAUUACGCGAGAGGUGAAGGUAGACUUUUUUCAGAAAGUUCAUCUGAUGAAUCUGAAUCUGAAGAAUCAGAAGAUGAAGAUCUGUACCACGAAUGGAACGAAUUAGACAAAGAUGCAGCAGUUACGAAUCAAGUUAGUAAUCGACUAGCAAUUUGUAACAUGGAUUGGGACCGUAUACGAGCCGUAGAUUUGAUGAUGUUGCUCAACUCUUUUCUGCCUACUGGAGCUGUUGUAAAUUCUGUUGUAAUUUAUCCUUCCGACUAUGGUUUGAAAAGAAUGCGAGAAGAAGAAACCAGAGGACCUGCAGAGUUGCUUGUCGAUACCAAUGAUGGUGAUUCCGAAUAUGACAGCGAUGAAAAUGCCGAAGAAGGCGACCGUUUUCAUAUGGAACGUAUGAGAAAGUAUCAAUUGAAUAGGUUAAAAUAUUACUAUGCUAUUGCCACAUUUGAUAGUCCCGAAACAGCGGAUUAUGUGUACACGAAUUGCAAUGGAGUUGAAUACGAGAGCAGCGGAGUACGCUUAGACCUUCGUUUUGUAGACGACGAUACUACGUUUGACCAGGAGCCAAAAGAUAUUUGCAAAAGCACAGACAACUAUGAAAACUAUCAGCCCCGGUUUUUCACCAACACUGCUUUGCAACAAGCCAAAGUAGAGCUCACAUGGGAUGAGACAGAUCCAAAAAGGGUAGAAUUUACUCAGAAAAUUAAUGAAGCUGCCAAAAAUGGCGAAAUUAAUGAUUCCGACUUGGAAGAUUAUGUCGCUCUUUCUAGUUCAGGGGAGGACAAUGAUGAUGAUGAUGAUGAUGAUGAAUCCAAUGGAGAAGAGAGAACAUUUGAGGCUAUUAUGAGUAGUGGAAGUUCAGAAAAUGAGUCCGAAAAUUCUGAUAAUGAAGAUCCGAUUUCAAGCUACAGGAAAUUAUUAAAAGAAAUCGAAGAUAAUGAGAAAGGAGAUUCAGAAAGCGAAGAGCUUGAAAUUACCUGGGGUUCAGGAGAUGCGAAGAAAACCUCCGUAUCAAAAUCCAAGAAAUCAUCGGGAAGUAAAGAUGACCUAACUCCUUUUGAACGUUUAAUUGAGAAGAAAAAAGAAAAAUCAAAGUUGAAGAAAAGUAAAUCGAGUAAACAAAACAGUGAUGAAGCUUCAGAUGAGUCGGAAAAUUUAGCCAAAAAGAAAGAGGUUAAGCGAAAGAAAAAAAAGAGGAGUAAACAUGAAAUGCCCGAAAUUGAUGAAAAACAAAAGCAAGAAUUAGAGUUGCUUCUAUUGGAUGAAAAUAAUGAGGACAAUAAACACCAUUUUAGUCUGAAGAAAAUUCAAAAAAAUGAGUCUAAAAAAAAGAAAAAAUUCAAAAAGAAAGACAAGUCGAAUAAUUCAAAGACAGAUGAUUUUCAAGUUGAUGUCAAUGAUGAUAGAUUUUCUGCCGUUUAUUCUUCGCAUUUGUUCAAUAUUGAUCCAACCAAUCCGAAAUUCCAUAAAACGAAAGGAAUGGAAGCAUUUAUUACAGAGAAACAGAAAAGAAUCGCUCAAAAUAGUAAUAAAAUUGAGGAUUUAUCCAACGAGCCUGCUGUUAAAAUUCCUCGUACUACGUGUGAUGAAAAGUUGUCUCGCGAAUUGUCGUCUCUAGUUAAAUCUAUUAAAAAUAAAUCUAAACAUAUGUUACCUAAUAAAUUUGGGAAAAAAUGAGAUAAUUGUAUGUUUCAUGUUUCA